UGAGGACUCGGGCAUACAAGCCAGCUGGCUGUACCGUCCGUGAAAAAUGGCCCUCUUAAGUGCCCAGCCCCAGACGCUAGAAACCGAAGCUAAGACUUCGGUAGCAAAAAGACUAAACUGGACUCACAAAGAAAAGUUUUCUCUAUAUACCUUUUCCACCCUAAUUUCUUGAAGGCUUUAAGUCCUCUCCCCGACUCCUUUCACACCUUGGAGACUAUCUGGGGCUAAAGAAUUUAAACUAGCAACUCCCUCCCUAUUCUCGGUGAAGUAGGAUUGACACCCGAGGUGUAAAUGGCCUGCUCACCUCACUUGGCACCUCUGAGGCGGACCCGAGGCAAUCUAAAGGAUACUUUUUUUUUUUUUUUAACUUUAACACUUUAAAAGAGGCUUAAUAUGUACCCGGUAGUUUUGCAAAUUCUUAACUGAAGCAUAACUGAGGUCACUUGCCCCGGGUCACACAGUGGCAGGUUUGGCAAUAUAGCUGGACACUGCCAACUACAUAAAAACCCAUUAACUUGAGUCUUCUGAGGACCAAUGACACACUACAGUGUUUACGUAAACAUGUACAAGUGGUCUGCAUGCUUGAAAGAGGUGCAGGUGAAAACGCAGGCACAAAUGCAAUCACAAAUUCUCUCACCCGUUUACUGUGCCAUGCCAUUAUUUCUCAAAGUGUGGUCCCCAGAACCACAAUUCAUCUCGUUUUUAACUCUUCUUCUUUUCAGUUGGAGCAACACUUCUCUGAAAAACCUUGGACCUCUAAAGAAUGCUUAGCAACAUGUUCAAUACAUGCUACUCACCUUGGGGGGGGUGGGGAACAAUGGCAGAAUUAUCUCACUUUAGUAACACGUAUUACUUUAGUUCAUUUAAUCCACACAGCUGUAAGAGGUAGAGGUAUUAUUUGCUUAUUUGCACUUUACAAUUGAGGAAAUUGAGAUUUAGAGAAGUGAACUGCCCAAAUCUAGUUGGCUAGUAAAUAAUGGAUCCCCGCUCAAGCCAUACCACUUCCAAAGCCCAAACUUCCAGCCAAGAUUAGCACUGAAAGUGAUAACUCAGACUCUGAGUUGUGUGUAUUUUACCACAAGCUUCAGCAGAUGACAUUGUGGUUAAGAGAACUGGAUUUGGGCAUGUGCGGGGGGAAGCAAGAUGGCAGAGUAGGAAGACCCUGAGCACAGCUGCUCCCACAGGCACCAGAGAGCUGGAUUUACAGCUAACUAGGAGUUGUUAGACUUCAAGGGAGGUAAUCGCUCUGAGCUGCAAUCAUACCCCUAUGUAACAUGGGGCUAAUAUUAGUACUUAUGCCUCAUAGGGUUAUGAGAGAUAAUAGAUAAAAAGCAGUUGGAAUAGUGUCUGACACUUAGUAAACAAUAAAUAUAAACUAUGCUAGAAACACCAAACUCUAAAACAAAGUCUAAAUAUCCAACAAGUACAAAAUACAGUUUAGCAACCAUAGCUUUUCUAGAGUGUUUACAAAUUCUAAACCCCAAAUAUCCAUUAAGACUUUAUUACAUGUACCACAGAAUCUCCACCACUGUGUGCUACCAUUGUAUUAUUACAUUCUAAUUAUUGUUCAUUAAUAAGGGGGAAAUAAUGCUGGAAUUGUACCUUUUAGUCCACCCACCUACACAAUCAAUAAGGUGGAUUUUUCCUCUGCCAUUUAUUCUGGAAUUUAUUCAACAAAUAUAUUUUUUCAGACCUUUAUAAGAUCACUACUCCUGGAAUUUAUGGAUAACAAAUGAAGAACAAGAUAAUUUAAAUUUUACAUAGGAAGUCAGUAGACACAGGAAAAUACUCAAGAGACUGGUCUUUUCUCCAAGCUUCUUCAUCCUCAAUUCUUUGACUAUAAAGAAAAAUUAAUGUGUUAUGUGAAUCAGUAGGAUGACGGUGAAAUGUUUAUUGGAGGCUUGAGCUGGGAUACAAGCAAGAAAGAUCUGACUGAAUAUUUGUCUCGAUUUGGAGAAGUUGUAGACUGCACAGUGAAAACAGAUCCAGUCGCUGGAAGAUCAAGAGGAUUUGGAUUUGUGCAUUUCAAAGAUGCUGCUAGUGUUGAUAAGGUUUUGAAACUGAAAGAACACAAGCUGGAUGGCAAAUUGAUAGACCCUAAUAGGGCCAAAGUGGGGAAGGAACCCCCCAAAAAGGUUUUUGUGGGUGGAUUGAGCCCAGAUACUUUGGAAGAACAAAUUAAAGAAUAUUUUGGAGCCUUUGGAGAGAUUGAAAAUAUUGAACUUCCCAUGGAUACAAAAACAAAUGAAAGAAGAGGAUUUUGUUUUAUUACAUAUACAGACGGAGAGCCAGUAAAGAAAUUGGUAGAAAGCAGAUAUCAAAUUGGUUCUGGGAAGUGUGAAAUCAAAGUUGCACAACCCAAAGAGGUAUAUAGGCAGCAACAGCAACAACAAAAAGAAGGAAGAGGUGCUGCAGCUGGUGGACGAGGAGGUACUAGGGGUCGUGGCCAAGGUCAGGGCCAAAACUGGAACCAAGGAUUUAAUAACUAUUAUGAUCAAGGAUAUGGAAAUUACAAUAGUGCUUAUGGCGGUGAUCAAAACUAUAGUGGCUAUGGCGGCUAUGGUUAUACUGGGUAUAACUAUGGGAACUAUGGGUAGCACGGAUAUGCAGACUACAGUGGCCAACAGAGCACUUAUGGCAAGGCAUCUCGAGGGGAUGGCAAUCACCAAAAUAAUUACCAGCCAUAUUAAAAAGGGACGUUGGAGAAAACAGGAAGAGAUUGCUAAAGCAGCCCAUCUUGCAAGGACAACAUUGAAGUUUGGUCUUCUAUUGAUCUAAGAUGAUUAUUUUGUAAGUUGUACAAGACACAACUGUGUCCAACUGUAUGUAGCCGCCAAUUAGUUUUGUUUUUACUUUGUCUUUUGCUAUCUGUGUUAUGACUCGAUGUGGAUUUGUGUUUAUACAAAUUUUAUUUGUAUGAUUUCAUGUUAAACCUCAAAUAAAUGCGAUUGUUUUUCUGA